AUGGAGGCCGCAGAACCCGUCUCAUAUGAGUUUCCCGGCCAUGGUGUCGGCGCCGUGCCCCCCCGCCGGAUGAUGAACUCCAACCUCAACCAUAAUUUUCCCUUCUAUACCAGUCCAACAACCUCGUUUCCGUUACCAUUUCACCAGCCACCCCCAGCAACAUAUGGCUUCAGCCAUCCCCUAAGUAGCCACCAUCACCAUCAUCAUCAACAUCACCACCACCAUCACCCCGGCUACCAGCAAUUCUUCGUCCCUAAUCAACAACUUAACGCGCAGCCUGUGCGCCUUGCCUCAGAACCGCCGUCAAUACAGCCGAUCCCGGACAUUCGACCCGCCAAAAAUGCCCUCAACAGAGUGUCCAGAGAGCCCUUGCCUAAGGCCGAGCAUAACCCUGGACCGCAGCCGAGCCCCACGGUCCCAGCUCCUCCAGCAACCAUCGUAGCUGCGCGGGAAAAGAACACUGGAUCUAGUGAUAUUGAGUUCUCGACAGAGGUGGAUGUUUUGAUGAAAGCGAUCCAGGCCAAGGGCCCCUCCCAGCCAGAAAAUUUGCAGUCGCUACCACCGUUGCAGCAAUUGACCCAUGGAGGUAGCAACGGGUUUCACCAGCCAUACAUAUCAUCACCGGCUGCGAACCCCCGCCCCCCUAUCAUUGUCGAGGAACCUCAGUCUCGAUCGGGGAAAAGGCGGAAGUAUGCAUGUACUUUGCCACAGUGUGGGAAAAGCUUCGCACAAAAGACCCAUCUGGACAUUCAUAUGAGAGCCCAUACUGGGGACAAGCCUUUUGUUUGCAAAGAGCCAUCAUGUGGACAGCGGUUCUCCCAGCUAGGAAAUCUCAAGACUCAUCAAAGGCGCCAUACGGGAGAGAAACCCUUCUCCUGCGACAUCUGCCAGAAACGCUUCGCCCAGCGAGGGAACGUUCGCGCACACAAAAUCACCCAUCAGCAAGCCAAACCAUUCACAUGUCUCCUAGACGACUGUGGAAAACAAUUCACACAGCUUGGAAAUCUUAAGUCACAUCAAAAUAAGUUCCAUGCAACCACGCUUCGAAACCUAACCUUAAGGUUCUCCACCGUGAUCGACGGCGAACACAUGAAUCCCCAAGACCGGAAACUAUGGGAAUAUUUCGCAACUUUAUAUAAGAAUAGCAACAAGGGAAUCAAGGGACGUGGAAAAGAUCGCAGGAUCUCCCCAUUCUACAAAUCGGACACCUCUUCUGGUGGGCGGCGACGGUCAAGUGCUGAUGACAAAGCACGGCGGGAGAGUUACGAGGACUCGUCCGUUUAUACUGGAGCGUCCAGUAGUAGCGAUGAAGACGAGGUCGAGCCAUACUACAUUAAAGGACGCGGUUAA